CAGGGCUCGAAAGUCAAACCAACUUGAAAGUUGAACCUUCAAUUUACUAUAAAUUACCGAGCAGAUCUUUUAUUAUAUUUAUUAACUUAAUAUAAAUUAAAAGCAAAUUUAUUUAGCGGACUACGUAUUAAUUUUUUAACUAGACUUUAAGUAAUAUAAUCAGAAAAAGAGACACAAACAAGGACAGGCAAGUCCAAGUAGUUUGUAAAAUGGAAUUAGUUUACUCAAUGAGAAGAAAGCCUCUGAAAUGUGAACCACCGCAAUUUGAUGGAACGUCAGAUCCAGAAGUAGUCCGCCCAAUAUGCACGAUAUCCACUGCAAAUAUCAUAGCGUUUACGUCACUUACUGAGCUGUCAGACUCCGAUGGCGACACCUGGGGCGGACAUGUGUAUGUGUGUGAUCUGAACACACCGUGGAACAGCCAUAAAGUCACCAGCACUGUGCAUCCUGUGUCUGCCCUAGAAUGGGACUGUGAAGGCAAGCAGCUACUUGUGGCGACUACAGUCGGUGAUGUUUCAGUAUUUGGCCAGAAGGACCAUCUCCUCAACGAGUGGACAUGCUUGUACAGUGCCAGUUUUCCUGGUGAGAAAAUAAUUAAGGGAAUAUUCUUCCACAAUGGCCGCCGCGUGGUGGCGCACGAUAAGAAACUAGACGCACCGAUAAAUGAGAAAUUCCAGAUGCUGCAGCAAACGCCUACUUUGAAGGGAUUUGGCGGCGUGGGCGGGGCGGGCGCGUGCGUGGUGACGGGCACGGGGCUGGUGGGCGCGCUGGCGCCGGGCGACGAGCGCGCGCUGGCCGCCGGCGACGCGCUGCGCACGCGCGACCGCGUCGCCGCCGCCGCCAUGGCGCACAAGAACGGCACGAUCCUGGUGGCGGCGUCGAGCUCGCGCGGCGGGCGGCGCGUGGUGCGCGCGGGCGCGGUGAGCGCGCGCCGCGCCGCCGCCGCCGCGCCGCGCCGCGCGCCCGUCGCGCUCGCGCUCGCGCCGCUGCCCGCGCUCUCCCUGCCGCCGGACGCGAGGGACCCGGUGUCGAUAAGUUGGUGUCUCCGCGACGAUACCGACAGCCUGCUGAUAGCCGGCAGCACGGUCAGCAUGUGGAAACUGACUGUGCGCAGCUACCCCGUGCACAAGCUGCUCUCUAAAGGCCCCCUGCAGGGCAGUACGACGCCGGGCGACGUCAGCAAGCCAGCGUCGGAUUGCUUCAAUUCACUUUCCUGGCAACCCAUGGGCGCUUGGUCGAUAGACAGCGGCGAUUUCGGUACUUGUAUUGCCAGCUCCAAAUUGCCGUUGAACGCGCCGCUUGCUGUGCUGACAACACCGAGAGCGAUUCAUUUAUUGGGAGAGUCGCAUCAUUAUUUAUGCUCCCGUCCCAUAGUGACCGGAUCUGAAGUGAGUCCGCCGGCCUCCACACCACCUAAGAAGACCAAAUAUGGCCCCGGGGUCUUACCGAGCGGGUCGCGGUGCGCGCGCGCGUGGAGCGCAGACGUGUCGUGGUCGUCGAGCGUGGCGGUCGCGCUCGACUCGCACGCGCAGCUGCACGUCUACAGGAUACAGCCGGAUAUGCCGAGCCAGCACCAAAUAGCGCACUUGGUGACACUCCUGGAGUAUGCGAUGGUCAGUGGGUUCGAUUACUUGGACGUUCUGCUGACACUCAAACCGAAUGUUCUGGAAGCUUUGUACGAGAGAAUAACAGAGAGCUUCCAAAGGCAACCGCAGCCGUUCCAGCAGUACUACUAUCAUACCUGGUUGAGAUUGAGGAUUGUACUAUGCAGCAUGAUACCAACCGCGCAGUCGAGCGCGUCGAACCUGACGUCGCUGCUCAUGUGCGCGAGCGCGGCGGCCGCGUGCGCGUGCGCGCUGCGCCCCGACGAGCGGCCCGACCCCGCGCUGGCGCCGCCGCCCGCCGCGCACCCCGCGCCGCCCGCGCACCCCGCGCACCCCGCCGCGCCCGCCGCCCCCGCCGCGCUGCUCGCGCUGCUCGACGACAGCGCCGACCACGAUAAGAACCUCGUAGCGCUCGAGGCGAAGGCGGAGGCGUUCGGCGAGGCGGCCGCGGGCGCGCUGCAGCCGCUGCAGGCGCUGCGCCGCCCGCUGCAGCGCGCGCUGCACACCGCGCUGACGCUGCUUGCCACGCUCGCUGCGCUGCACAACUCCGCGCAGCACGGGUACGAGCUGUACUCAGAAGCGAGUGCGGUGCAGCUGAUCCGCAAGCUGGUGGUGGUGUGCCGCGCGGCGGGCGGCUGCGCGACGCCCGAGCUGAGUCGCCCGCUGGCGCGGCUCGCUGCACACGCGCUCAAGCCGGACCUGCUGGAGGAGUGUCUAACCAUUUGCGCCCAAAACACUGCGCGCGUUUGGGACUCUCUGUCGCGCUGCGGCCUUAUCGCGCCCCAUUCGAAGCCUAUACCUUUAUAUUUUGAGUAUGGCGUGGAACCAGAAUCUCUGAGAUUCACACCGGAGCCACCGCCGUAUGCAGUUUCUGAUCUGAGUCCUUCAUUUGACAUGGAUGCUAUAAGAUACAUGUACCUGGGUGGCGGCAACGCGUGCGCCAAGUGGCGCGAGUGCGCGCGGUGCGGCGCGCGCGCGCUGCCCGCCGCGCACUGCGCGCGCCACCCGCUGCAGCGCGCGUACGACGGGAGGUUCGUGGCGAGUUGUCGAUGCGGUGGAAAGUGGACAUUAAUCUCCAAUGUGUAGUUUUAAUACAAUAUAAGUAAUAUUAUGUAAAUAUUUUGAAUAAAAUGUU